CCUCCAAUUCCUCUCUCUCUCUCUCUGCUGUCUCUCUUCUCUCUCUGCUGUCUGUCUCUCUCUCUCUCUCUCUGUUGCGUUUCGAUCGAUCUGAUAUCAAGAAAGAUGGCCAAGAAGUCCUCCGACGGUCUCAUCUUGAGCUUCGGCGAGAUGCUUAUCGACUUCGUUCCGACAGUCUCUGGCGUGUCCCUGGCUGAAGCCCCGGGAUUCUUGAAGGCUCCGGGCGGUGCUCCUGCCAACGUUGCCAUCGCGGUCGCCCGCCUCGGAGGCCGAUCCGCUUUCGUCGGGAAACUCGGCGACGAUGAGUUCGGUAACAUGUUGGCCGGUAUCUUGAAGGAAAACGGCGUCAAUGGCGACGGGAUCUUGUUCGAUAAGGGUGCUCGCACCGCAUUAGCGUUCGUCACGCUCCGAUCCGAUGGAGAACGUGAGUUCAUGUUCUACCGGAACCCCAGUGCCGACAUGCUCUUGAAGGAACAGGAGCUGAAUCUUGAGCUCAUCAGAUCGGCAAAGGUGUUCCAUUACGGAUCCAUAAGCUUAAUCACGGAGCCGUGCAGAUCUGCUCACAUAAGAGCGAUGAAGGAGGCGAAGAAAGCGGGCGCAUUGCUAUCGUACGAUCCGAAUCUUCGACUGCCACUAUGGCCGUCUGCAAAGGAAGCACGGGAGCAGAUCAUGAGCAUCUGGGAUCAGGCCGAGCUGAUCAAGGUCAGCGAUGUUGAGCUGGAGUUCCUGACGGAGAGUAAUAAGGUGGACGAUGAAAGCGCAAUGUCCCUGUGGCAUCCCAACUUGAAGCUUCUGCUAGUGACUCUUGGUGAGAAGGGUUGCAGAUAUUACGCUAAGCACUUCCGGGGAUCAGUCGAGGCAUUCAAAGUAAAGGCAGUGGACACAACUGGUGCAGGAGACGCCUUUGUCGGCGCCCUCUUACGCAAAAUUGUUAACGAUCUAUCGAUUCUUGAGGACGAAAAAAGGUUAAGGGAAGUACUGAGAUAUGCAAAUGCAUGUGGAGCAAUUACUACUACCAAGAAAGGCGCAAUUCCUGCCCUUCCCACUGAUCCCGAAGUCCUCAAGUUUAUUAAAGGAUAGAACAACUUUUCAUUCUCAACAAUUUUAAAGUCUCACCGUCUGAGAGAUUUUGUUAGGAAUUGUUGGACUUUCGUAUCUCUCCCCAAGUCCCAACUCUAAUUUUGUUCCGUCAAAUAAUGAUGAUUAAAGGACAUUUGCAUCAGUCUUUUGCUUAAUGUUAUAUAUUAUUUGGUUUUGGAAACGAUCCAUCCUUGAGUUUAGAAAAAAGAAUAAUGAUCGACAAGUAUCUUCAG